CCUCUCCGGGCAGCUUCACAGUCCUUCAAACGUUGCACCAGGGGUCCUUUGAACAAAACUGGUGCUAGCUAGCAGCUAGUAGCUACGCAGUCGUCUGGGACACAGCAAUGGAGUUGGUCAGUGCUCUCUGCUAAGAAUGAGACCGAAAGAUGUCAGGCCUGACCUGACAGCAACAAGAACAACACCCAGCUGCUUUGACCUGCUCCUGCAUCAUCACAGCUCUGUGGGAUAAGAGCUCUCUCCCCAAUUUGAUUACAUCCUAAUAAGGGCUGUGCCCCUCCCCUCCCCAAGCCCACCUUUCAACCAGCCCUGAACUAAUACCCACCCACCCCCACCCCCUCACACACACACAAAGCCAUCCUCACGGACACACACACCCUCAGCCGAGGAUCCUCCAGACCAGCCAACCCCUCUCACUUCACACCCCUCAAGCCAGACAGCCCUUACCAUUCAACUAAAGAAGAGACAAUGUACUGCCUACAGUGGCUGCUUCCAGUGCUGCUCAUCCCCAAGCCGCUGAACCCAGCGCUGUGGUUCAACCACUCCAUGUUCAUGGGCUUCUACCUGCUCAGCUUCCUGCUGGAGAGGAAGCCCUGCACCAUCUGUGCCUUGGUCUUCCUGGCCGCCCUGUUCCUCAUCUGCUACAGCUGCUGGGGCAACUGCUUCCUCUACCACUGCCAGGACGCCGCGCUGCCUGACGCCGCUCACGACCCAGCAAUUGUCGGGACCUAGGGGGGAGAGAGAUCGGUUGGGAGGGGGGAGGGGGGUACAACUAGCUAAAGCCUGAGCUGGAUUGGAGUAAGGGUAAGGAGGCAUUGUUGGGGAAUUAUUGAGGGGUAGUGCCAUGCUGUAGGAGGGAACGGAUGGGGCAUUUGGGCUGAGGAGGAGCAGAGAGAUGUGAGAAGGCGGUGUUGCAGGACUGCUGGAGGGGAAUACCGCCAUGCUGUAAGAGUUUGGGCUGGACCUGAAGCGGGAUGCAGAAGGAGAAGAGCCAGUUUUGGAGGAUCAUUGAGGGAGUAUUCUGCUAUGCUGUAAAACUGGAUUGGAGGUGGUAGGCAGAGAGGAGCUGAUUAGGAAGCAGUGGUUUGCAGUGAUACUGUGGGUACUUAAAGUAACAGACCUGGGAGGUGUUAGGUUAACCGUCUCAUCUGUUAGAGCAACUUGCUAAAUGGCUUACGCUUCCCUGGUGCUGCGCAUGACCUCGCCUCUCACAGGGUCGUAGAUGUGGAGGACCAGAGAGGAGGCACGGGGGAGAGAGUGUGACCGAGGCUGUUUUUGGAGGACUAAGCUGUUGCUGAGUGUGGUUUGUUCGGUGGAGGAAUGGGAGGUUUUGGAAAAUGCCUCUCACCUUUACCCCCACAGAAGUAGCAGGGGUGACUGCAGCGACGAUGGAUGUCCUCCCAUUGCAUCCCCUUUGCUUUCGAAAGGAGCUCACAGAAGUCUGAAGUGAAGAGGAAGAGAGCGAAAUAUUACAGGGGAGGAAAGCAAUGGAGGCUGGAGGAGUGCCUACCUUGUAACGAGAGGAAAGCUGCUGCUCCCACAGAAAAGGGCAAGCAGGAGGAAAUGAUGAUGGAGGAAGAAUCUCCCUUACAGAACUUUUAUUUCAGCGAUUAGAAAAUGGAGUGAAAACAACACAGAACCGACAUGACGUGUUAAGUCAACCUGUUGGCGAAAGCGACCACCAUGUUUCAGUAUUUUGGUCCCGUGUUAGCCCAGCCAUGUGUUUACUUCUCUAGCAUUUGACUCCUUUGCCGUCUGUGUGGAGAGACUUUGCCCCCAGCCCAGCACUCUAAAAGAGAGAUUUACCCAGGUCACCCCCCCCCCCCCCCCCCCCCCCCCCCCCCCCCCCCCCCAAAAUGUGCUGGGUUGCAUUACUUUUGAAUGAAGGCACCUCCCCCACCCCGCCCCAACAUUCAGCCGACUCCAUCAGAGCCACAGACGUUACAGGUUACAUUUGCAGCCAUGUUGGUGCCUCGGUCAUGCUCCCUGGCAGUUAAGAAGCUCUGCUCUGCAUGCCAGCUGGUUGAAGAGUGUCAGGCGUCUUGUCGUGGUGACGUUGAUGGUACACUUUGUUCCAUGGUCACUGCAAACACCUUCUUAGCUCGAGAGAAAGACACAUGGCGCCCAUUGUCCAACCUGACCAAAAUCUGUCUGCACAGUGGCUCUGCACAUACAGUAUUACCCACAAGGACAGCACACUGACACUGGACAAUCAAUAAUUAUGCUGUGAAUAAUUCCCUGUUGCCGCAUUGCCAACACACACUUAAGAGGGUGUUAUAAUGCUGAGAACAAACUCCCUCCUAUAAUGGUCAUUGAUGAUUAUUACCCACUUUGCUCUGCAACUGCCCUUCUCAUCCUCCCGCUCUCUUUCUCAUCUCUUCCUCAUGUUUUGGAGUGAAUGUCACCUACCACUGGACUCAAUUGGAUGUCUUUUUUUUUUUUUUUUUUUUUUUCUUGUGCAUGGGUUGCCUUUAGAAAUUCUUUUCAUAUGUCACGUUCAUACACAUGUGUUUUAAUUAAUUAAAACAAAAUGCUGAAAGUUUCCAAAGGGUAGAAAAAUCUGAAUGUGUGGGUGCGUCUGGAUGUGUGAGAGAAGGUUCAUGUACGUGUGAUAGGUGUGACUUUGUAUUUUGUGUGACGACAUGCUGAUCAGUGUAAAACGUGGUGAUACACAAGGUUAAUGUAGGUGGUGUUCACAGCAACAAUGAACAAUGAAUCUGUGUGAGCGUUCCUGGCAACAAGAGGAGGAGUCCGUGCAACAGCGCUCAGACUGGAGUGGGGAAUGUUGACUAUCAUCAUCGUCCUAAGAUUUUACUUGUGCAUCAACUGCUUCAAAGGCUGUGAUAGAUGAGGCAGUUUGUGGAGAGGUGCAGAUGGGAGUUGUUCCCGACAGGAAGCAAUAUGAAAUGCCAGGGCAGAUUCCAUACAAAACAAGUCCCUGACAAUAAGAACUGGAUUUGAUUUCAAAAGUAUGGUUUCCCUGUGUAUCACUGCCUUAAGUGUUACAUUUAGCUGUCAGACACAGGCUAAGAUGUUUCUACUGUAUACCUGUUGGUGUGUGUGUGUGUGUGUGUGUGUGUGUGCACGAGUGUGAAUGUGUGUAGCCUGUCGCAGUGCUGAACUUGUUCUGCUACAUGAUUGCUUUGGUUUUAAUUUAAAUAAAGUUUCUUCCUCUAAACAUGUUGAA